CCACCAUUUUCCUCUCGCUCAGCCGCUUGAGCAUGCGCAAUUCGCGUCCUUCUAAGACUGCUGGCCUUUUCCCGCCCUUCUCUGGCCUUAGGAGGAAAGUCAGAGUUCACAUUUCUUAGGGGAUAUACCUGCGAUGGCGGGGAGAUACGAGGACCAGUAGUUUGCAGAUGUCAUUUUGAUCCUGAAUCUGAAAGUUCAAAGAACAUACUUUGGAAUUAUUUGCUAGGCCGAGGUCCAGGAGGCGGGAAAGGGCUGUGUGGGCGGAGGGUCGGAGGUGAGAGGUCAAAGGGCUGCGAAGGGGGCGGAGCGAGCCGGAGGCGGAUGGCGGCUCAUCAUCUUCCGCUGCAGAGCCGCUGAAGCUGAGACGCGGGUCCGGCGCGUCCGGCAGAAGGAGGAGAGCGGCGGCGGCUCCAAACAUGCACAGCCUGGCAACGGCAGCGCCUGUGCCUACUGCACUGGCCCAAGUGGACAGAGAGAAGAUCUAUCAGUGGAUCAAUGAACUGUCCAGUCCUGAGACAAGGGAAAAUGCUUUGCUGGAGCUUAGCAAGAAGCGAGAGUCUGUGCCUGACCUUGCACCCAUGCUAUGGCAUUCAUUUGGUACUAUUGCAGCACUUUUACAGGAAAUUGUAAAUAUUUAUCCAUCUAUCAAUCCUCCAACCUUGACAGCACACCAGUCUAACAGAGUUUGCAAUGCUCUAGCAUUGCUACAGUGUGUGGCCUCACACCCGGAGACCAGGUCAGCCUUUCUGGCAGCACACAUCCCGCUCUUUUUGUACCCCUUUUUGCACACAGUCAGCAAAACUCGUCCCUUUGAAUAUCUUCGGCUCACCAGCCUUGGAGUUAUUGGGGCCUUGGUUAAAACAGAUGAGCAAGAAGUAAUCAACUUUUUAUUGACAACAGAAAUCAUCCCUUUGUGUUUGCGCAUCAUGGAAUCUGGAAGUGAACUUUCUAAAACGGUUGCCACAUUCAUUCUCCAGAAGAUCCUCUUAGAUGACACUGGUUUGGCUUAUAUAUGUCAGACAUAUGAGCGGUUUUCCCAUGUUGCCAUGAUCUUGGGUAAAAUGGUCCUGCAGCUAUCCAAAGAACCAUCUGCCCGUCUGCUGAAGCAUGUAGUGAGAUGUUACCUUCGACUCUCAGAUAAUCCCAGGGCACGUGAAGCACUCAGACAGUGCCUCCCUGACCAGCUGAAGGACACAACCUUUGCCCAGGUGCUAAAAGAUGACACCACCACGAAACGCUGGCUUGCACAACUGGUGAAGAACCUGCAAGAGGGCCAGGUCACCGAUCCCCGGGGAAUUCCCCUGCCCCCUCAGUGAUCCUCGAUGUUCCCUUUCACUACUCUCCUACGUUUGGGAGUGAGAGUGGAACCUAUGAGGAAAACAGCUCAGGUUUUAUUGCUGACUGGGAAUAGACAACCUCAGUGCUGAACUGUACUGGAGAAAGGGGGCAAAGUACUCCGCUGAGGUGUGUGGGCUGACUGGAGGUCCUGGAUCCCCCUGCUGCUCCCAGGAAUUGGGCUCCUGACAGCAGUCUGCUACCACAGCCCCAGGAGGGUGUCAACACCAGCAAAUGCUGUAUUUGCAGCAUGCCCAAGAUGACCCUGCUCCUGAACCUCUACCCAGCCACUGGUAAAGAGGAGACGUGGUAACAGCAGCAACACUCUAGGCAUGGAGGCACCUGGGACCAAGCCAUGUGGCUUUUUUUUUUUUAAAACUUUGCCUUCCUGGACAACUCAUGGUGUGUCUCUUAAUUCUCUCUCUCACAGUAUUUGUUUACUUUGGGUUUUUGUUUUUAAUCUCAAAAGAGAGAGAUGUGUUUAAUGGACACAAGCUAUAGUUUUCAACAAAACUUUGUCAGUUGGCACUGUUUACAAGUCUGUUAGCUGCAUAAGCUCAAUAAAAAGUUGGUCUGGGCAUUGCAUCCCCUCUGGCAGACUGAUAGCUGCAUCAGGCUGUUGGGUGGAAUGGGAGGCAGAGGAAGAGGAAAGCCAAAGGCCAAGCAGGAACUCUCUGCCUAUUCCCUCUGCUCCUGUUCUUUACCUCCCAAGCCUGGCUGCUAUGAGGACAUUCACUUUGGUUCUGGCUUCAGCUGCUAGCCUACUCAAAUCUCAGCGCUUUCCCCUUUUUUACCACUUAGACUUAAAGCAGAUGUCUUAAUUUACUCAACUUUCCCUAAAAGAAUUGUAUUGGGGCAGGAGGGAUGGCAGUUCUUCAGAUUCAGGUCUUCAAAGAUAAUUUUCAGGUGUCUUCUCAAACAGAGCAAGCACCUGAAUCCAAAUGGUAGGCUACUUGACCCUGUUCUCUGGCGCCAUCAGUGAGUUUCAGUAGCGCCAUCUCUCCUCGUGAUUGUACUUGAAGCAGUAUUAGCUGAAUGAGUUCCUUCAGAUGUAAAAUGAAUAGCUGGACUUGCUGGCUUAGUCUCCUCUCCCUUUUAACACACUUUCUUUGGUCUAUGGAAACUACAGGGUUACCACUGAAAUGUUUACUUGUUGAUAGUGUCAGAAUUCCCCUUCCAUCUCCAUGGGCUUGACUGUAAACCUGUUACUGUGAACUGCUUUUCUUUCUGCAAUCCUUCCUACCGUCAGCCUUUGUUUUCUUAUCCUCAUCUCCAAAGAUGGGAUUAUUAAUUCAACUCUAGAGAGAGCCCAAAUCUUCAGCCCGUGUGUCACACACUUGAAGAUGUCUGUAUUAAGUUUGAAGAGGUUAUAAAGGGACAGAUGCUCAUAGAAACCUUUGCAGAGGCAGUUGUGCUAACCCAAGGGCUCUUUAAGCCGACUUUCACAUGGGGAGCCGGCAUUGUUCAUUGGUUUCUGUCUUUAGAGCCAAGAAAGUAGUAAUUAAGUAGCCUGGAUUUUGGGAGGGUAGAAUAAGCAUUUAUUCCCCUGCCUUCCAAAUUGAAGAGGAGGACCUGGCCUCAAGCUUGAAGAAGAAAAGUCUCAGAAAGCAAAGAACAUCACCACCUUGAUAAGUGUCUUGACUCACUCCGCAGCUUGUGAUCUGAAAAGUUCACUAGGGUACUCUGAUUUUUGAAAUCUGCCUUCCUGCUGAACUGAAGUCUCAUUCUGCUUAACUGGGGAAGCAGCUGAGGCUUGGGGCUUUGCUCCCUAGGACAUUCUCUCCAUCGUUUGGUGCGUUGGCCAUGUUACUGUGCCAAUAGUGUCUUAAUUCAUGUCCCAUCUAUCCUCAGCUGGCCUUGGACCUACAUAGGAGUUGAAUGGGGAGGGGGUGCAAUGGGUCUUACUUCCUGUGGUUGGUCCUGAUGUUCUAUGUACUAUAUAAAGAGACCCCUCCCCUUAUUUUGUGUUUCCAUCCCUCACCCUCAACAGGAUUAAAAUAAAACAUGCUCUGUU